AUGACUUGUAAGCAGCAUUUAAGGGGGAGGGCUGAGUGGAUAAGAGCGGGGCAUCGCCUCAGACAUCCUCCCUCUCUCUCUCCUUCUCUGGCUGUCUCUGUCUCUGCUGGUGGACCCCAGACAGGCAGCCAAAUGUCAGGCCGCCGGGUUGGCUUCUGUCUCAGCGAUAAGAAGCGCAAGAGGAUGAACCUGGACGCUUUUGCAGAGUUCUGUGCGGGUCAUGGAGUGGAAGUGGUUGAGAUUGACCUUUCUCAGCCGCUGGUACCCCAGGGACCCUUCAAUGUUAUCAUUCACAAGCUGUCUGAUGUCAUCGUUGAGGCUGAACAUGACAGCCAAUUGCAGCAGCUCCUCGCCAACUUCCAGAGCUAUGUGUCAGCUCAUCCCACUACAGCUCUUCUGGAUCCCCUCCCUGCCAUGACCCAGCUACUAGACCGCUUUGCCUCUUAUCGGAUCAUGAGUAAACUGCACAAUUCACUCCGAGACUGGCGUAUUUGCAGUCCUCCCUACCUAGAGAUCCACAGUGCCAGUGACCUGUCGUCCAUUCAACAGGCCGUGAUGACCCAGGGCCUGAGCUUCCCUCUCAUUUGUAAAACCAGAGUGGCACAUGGCUCACUUUCCCAUGAGAUGUCUCUGAUCUUUAGUGCGGGGAGUCUGGCUGAUAUCCAUCCUCCCUGUGUGCUCCAGAGCUUUGUCAACCACGGAGCUGUUCUGCACAAGGUGUUUGUGGUAGGAGACAGACACUUCUGUGUAGAAAGGCCCUCACUCAAGAACUUCCCCUCCGGUCCCUGUGACAGGAAGACCAUCUUCUUCAACAGCCAUCAGGUCUCAAAACCAGAGUCCAGCUCUGAUCUCACCGCUCUGGACGAGCAGAUGCCGUGCCUGCCUCCUCCCAGCUCUGAGGCUGUUGCCGCCCUGGUCCGAGAGCUCCGAGCCCAGCUGGGCAUGGCUCUGUUUGGAGUGGACGUCAUCAUCAACAUACACACACACACCCUCACCGUCAUCGACAUCAACAUCUUCCCAGGCUACGAGGGAGUGCCCCAGUUUUUCUCCUCUCUGCUCAGCCACAUUGAGUCAGUGCUGGACAAACAGACCUCUGCUGGCCCCCGGGCUACUGGCUCUCUUGAGUCAACAGACACUACGGGUGGUCCAUCUGCUGCAACAACUGGUCUGUAAGAAGUCGCCUCAGGAGCAAAUCACAGAUCGUGUGUGUUUCGUCAGCUUCACAGGACAAACAAAAGUCAUUUGUUGAAGUUUUCCUGUUUGGUUGGGACCAAAAUUUGCCUCAGCUGCUUUCAAGACUUUGCCUCAAUUGUAGGAAGUUAUUUAUUUAUAACUGUAAGAACAUCUAAAAUGACUCCAUCUUAAACUGUAUCCCCUGUAAUAAUUUUGUGUUGUUAAGGGAUUCUGCUCUACAACGUCUGCGAGUCGAACAAAACAUCCAACACAUAAAAGGUUUAAUACACCUUCCGUUUAUUGAUUGACAGGUAGCAUAGAAGAAGAUACAGCAGGCACAAAAUACAGCACUCUGAUUGGCCAGUAAUAUUACAAAUGGUGUUUUUGUCAUCUUUUUUUUUUCUCCUGACGUUUGAAACGUCCUCUAUGCCCUUACGUACCCCCCCACCCCCCACCCUGUCCCACCCAGACAUUUCCUACAUCUUUCUUGCUGGUUUGUAAGAUACAUUUUGUGGAAACAUUUUGCACUGCUAUAGAAAAAGAAAACUACAGUACAUUCAUUUUUCAUUUAAGUGAACAAACAUCUCAUCUUUGGAAUAGACAGUAAUGAUCUCAUCAGUUUUAACUGAUUAUGUGUGUUAUUACGAUGUGUUUACACAAGUUGACCGGCUACUUUCACCUGUAUUCAAAUAAAAUUGUAAAUCUUGGCUGUGUAGAAAAAGAGAUUAUAUUUGCUAUAUGAGUAAUAUAUGAUGCACUUUGAUUACAUAUUAAAAUACAUGUAUUAAUUCA